CCAAGCAAUUUUUGCCAACAGCACUUGUUUGCAAUCAAAAAAAAAAAAAUCUUACAUAGCUGAACCAAUGGAGAAAAGUUGGUUCUUGCUCCUUUUCUUGGCGUUCCUCCUGCCGGCGGCGAGCGUGGCGGUGUCGUGCCACCCUGAUGACCUCCUUGCACUGCGCGGGUUCGCCGGUAAUCUCAGCAAUGGGGGCGUCCUCCUCCAUGCCAAGUGGUUCGGCAACUCUUGCUGUAGUUGGGAAGGUGUGGGAUGCGACGGCGGAAGCGGCCGUGUCACUACUUUAUGGCUCCGUGGGCAUGGACUCGCAGGCCACAUCCCAACAGCAUCCUUGGCUGGCCUUGCACGGCUGGAGUCGCUCAACCUCGCCAACAACAAACUGGUCGGCACAAUCCCAUCAUGGAUGGGUGUGCUUGACCACCUUUGCUACUUGGAUCUCUCAAAUAAUUCAUUGGUUGGUGAGAUACCCAAGAAUUUACAGAGAAGGCUCAGUUGCCCCAACAUUGUUGGUCAUUCACUGGGUACGGCUUCCACUAACAUGCCAUUGCAGGUGAAGCAUAACCAAAUAGCACUGAGUGGGCAACCAAACACAAUAACCGGGACCAAUAACUAUGUCAGAUCUGGGAUCAACAAUGUUGUUUCUGGGAACCACAACACUGUCACAUCCGGGAACAACAAUGUUGUGUCUGGGAACCACAACACCGUGUCUGGGACCAACCAUGUUGUAACUGGUAACAACCAUGUCGUAAUAAGGAACCAGAAUACCGUAUCUGGGAGCCAUCAUAAAGUAUCUGGAGGCCACAAUACUGUAUCUGGGAGCCACAAUACCGUAUUUGGAAGCCACAACACAGUAUCUGGGAGCAACCACAUCGUACAUGGGAACAACAAAGUCGUGACAGGAGGUUAACAAUCUAUAGCGAAUUGUUUCCAUAUUCCCUAACGGAGUCACGUCCUUGUCCAAGCUGGGUGUAGCUAAAUAUCACUUGGUGGGGCCAAUGGCGUUAUGUAACUUCGUGGAUAUAGCAUCACAUUACUACUUUAAAUAAAUUCCUAUUAAUCUUA